GUUUCAGCCCUUUGGCUUGCUCGAAGCUCACGAUGCGUGCCAGCAAUCCGGACAUCCCCACCCCGAUCGGGGAACUCUCCAUUGUCCAAUCCCUCGGAGAACGACUCAAUGUUGCUCACUUCCAUCCGGGGGGCUUCGAGGCCCACCCCUUUCUUGUCAAAUCCUACAAUGAAUUGGUGGGACCCAAAUUUCGUCUCGACUAUCCUGAUCAUACUUUGGCCUGGGUGGUUUUGAGUCGACCGAGCAUGUUCGAAAACACUUUCUUGCCCUUUCUCAAGCGCACUAAAAACGAUCCAGGGGUGUUCGAUCGCGAUCCCCUGGACCAAUGCAUGUGGCGCACGUUUCAAGACUUGAAAGAACAAUUCGAGCCUGAAUUCGGCCGCAUUGAUGUAAUGCACGAUUUCGAAAUUCGGCCCAAUCGCCGACCCAAGAUCUUGGUGCAAACAGCAGCUCAUGUGUCGGGGUCAGUGCGGCUCUUCCGCGAAUCUGAUGUAACAGAGGACCCGAGUCUUUUGAAGCCCAUUCAGAGCCCCAAGAUCUAUCCCGUGUGUUUGCACCCCAUUUGGUCGGGUUGGUUUGCCAUUCGAGGGGUGUUCCUGUUCAGAGACAUUCAAGUGGAUCCGCCAGUUCUGGCUUCGAAGCCAUGUGAUUUGGAGCUUCCCGAGGCUCUGAUCGCCGAACUUUUGAGACUCUAUAACGACCAUUGGCAAGAUUGCCGAUUCCGAGAUUCCGUACAUCCUGCUCGUGAAAAGUAUUCGUCAGUUCAGCAGGAUUAUUUCGCGGCCAAACCCGCCGAGCGGAUCAAAGUGAUUGAACCCUAUCUAGCUUCAUAGUUUGAGUAAUCAAUGAUGAACAAUACAAAACACUGAUCGUUCAAUUUGUGAUUAACCUCGUUGGACAUGGCGUGAUGAUGAUCAGUGUUUUCCGUUCUUCUUA